AUGGCUUCCCGCUUUGACCACUUUCGUCAUCUGCUUACUCCAAGCCGAUCGGUGAAGGAAAGGUACGGUGCCUGUCCCACCGGGAUUCGGAGCCUCGCGGUGGAGCGCUACGGACAGGCUGAGCAUGAAGAUCUCCAGCAGGCUUCGAGCUCCUUGCCCGAACUCUUGUGGGGAUCAUGCCAGAGCUUCCACAUCAGCGCUCCUCGCGGAAGCGUGGACGGCCUGCUGUCAUCGCUGGAGUGCGCCGUCUGCUACGCCACGCUGUACCAACCCGUGACGGUGGCCUGCGGGCACACAUUCUGCAAGCGUUGCUUGGCACGUCAGCUGGACUUCGAGCGCGGUUGUCCACUCUGUCGAGGGCCGCUCGCCGGCUUCAUCGAUCAGUAUGCGGAGACGGCUGGCCUGGGUCAGGCCCUACAGGCCGUGUGCCCGGAAUCGGUGCAGCUGGGUCUGCAGGCGCUGGACCAGGAGAUUCAGGACAUGAAGGAGUGGUCGCCAAUCUUCGUCUGCACGCUGGCAUUUCCGCAUCAGGAGUGCCCGCUGCACAUCUUCGAGCCUCGCUAUCGGCUGAUGAUGCGCCGGGCCAUCACUUCUGGCACCCGGCGCUUCGGCAUGUGUGCUCCAGUUCGGGGCCCGCCCGAGAUUUCCCAGAACGGGUACUCGAGGAUCGGCACCAUGCUGUUCAUCCGCGAGAUCAAGAUGCUUCCAGAUGGCAGGUCCCUCGUGGAUUGCAUCGGGGAGUAUCGUUUUGCGGUGAAGGACUGCGGCGAGCGGGACGGUUACAACGUCGCCCGCGUGGACAAGGUAGUCGAGACGAGUUCUGCCCCCGACGAGCUUGUAUCCAGGUGCCGCUCGGCGACGUCCAGAGUUCAGACCCUGAUGCAGAGAGUCCGGUUGCCUCUCGACUUACUUGGCGAGCACGCCGACUCGGAUGAUCCGGAUAAGUUCUAUUGGGGUACCAUCUCGAAGCUCCCGGUCAGCGACGGUAUGAAAUUUAAAGCGCUUACUACAGAGGACCAGUUGGAUAGAUUCAUGCAUCUUGCCUCGUUGCUGGACCGCGUCUCUGAGGUAUUACUUUCUAAGCACCUGGAGGACACGGGGAGCGCUGGUGAUGACGAUGAGGUCGAGGAUGUUGACGUUGAUGCUGAAGUUCGAGAGGAGGGCGACGACACAGAAGCCGAGGGGCCGACCGACGAGGAGCCGGCCACAAGCCCCGAAGAUCGUGUAGACAGUCAGCCAGCGCAAGGGCAGUGA